GUUGCUCUUCGGUGAAAGACUCUUAUUUUGAAAGUACAGUGUUUUUGUUCGCCCGGAAGUAACUCCAGAUGUCUCGGAGCAGUUCAAGACUCAGCACUUGAACCACAUGAAGAUCUUACUGAGAUUGAGAAGUGUCUGUGUCACUAUAUAAAUGACACAAACAGCUCCUGCAGACCCUUUCAUCAGUGAUGCCCGUCAGUCUCCUCUCUCUGCUCCCUGGCCGGGUUACUAACAUGGUGGACGCGGAUCAAGUCUCUGAGCUCUGCUACGACCGCUUCAAGCAGCUCCCCAAGCGAGGCAAGCCUGAGCCGGGCAGAGAGUGGACCCUGCUGGCCGCUGUGGUCCAGAUCAGCCGGUGUCCUGACUCUGACACAGUAAAGAAGGAGGUUGUGUCCCUGGGAACUGGAACCAAAUGCAUUGGACAGACAGCUAUGAGUCCCAGCGGUGACGUACUGAACGACAGUCACGCUGAAGUCAUUGCCAGGCGGGGAUGUAUCAGGUAUCUGAUGACGGAGCUGCACCGAGCGGUGAGUGGCGAGGACAGCUCUGUGUUCUGUCAGGCAGAGGAAAGAGGGAAGUGGAGGCUCCAGCCAGGAGUGUCCUUCCUCUUCUUCACCAGCCACACUCCCUGUGGAGAUGCCUCCAUUGUCCCCAUGGCUGAAGGCCAGUCUCAGCCCUGCCCUCCUGUCACAUCAGCCCAGGGGUCUGAAGAGACUGAUGGAAAUCUGAAGAGGAAAGCUGAGGAACCAAAGGAAGGGAAACGCACCAAAGUGCCCCGUCUAGAGGAUCAGGAGAGAACAGAGACAUGGAAAAGUGAAGCUCUAUCACAGAGUCCCUCUACAAACACACCUGUGGAAACUUUCACACUAGCUUCAGCAGACAUCCACAGAACAGGAGCCAAGUGUGUCCCAGGGGGCCCAGCGGACCCUCUGCACCCUGGAACCGGGUACCACAGCACUGGGGUUUUACGAGUGAAGCCGGGGCGAGGAGAGCCGACCCUGUCCCUCUCCUGCAGUGACAAACUGGCCCGCUGGGGGGUGCUGGGCUUCCAGGGUGCACUGCUGUCCCACUACCUGCAGGAGGCACUCUAUUUCAGCACUGUGGUGGUGGGGAAGUGUCCAUACAGCCAUGAGGGGAUGCAGAGGGCUCUGGUCUCCAGGUGUUGCCAUGUGUCGGACCUCCCUCCUGGUUUCUCUGUGAGUUCACCUGAGUUGCUCCAGUCCAGCCUGGAGUACCCAUUCAGCCAGGCCCAGACCGAGCUCCAGCACCAGGCUGGACAGGGACGUAUCUCUCCCUGUGGGGCAGCUAUAAGCUGGUGUAAUGUGACCGAGCAGCCACUAGAUGUCACUGCAAACGGCUACAAACAUGGAGUCACAAAGAAAGUCCUUGGCACAGCAAAGGCCAGGUCUCUGCUCUGUAAAGUGGAGCUCUUCCAUUCCUUCCUCUCUCUGGUAUCAACAACUGACCCUGCAGCGCUCCCUGACUCUCUCAGGAGAGAAGAUCUGCAGACUUACUUGGACUACAAGCAGGCAGCUCAGUCGUAUCAGCAGGCCUGGCAGCAGCUGCACAGUCAGGCCUUCCCUCUGUGGCCGCGCAGCGUCAGAGAUCUUCUGCUCUUCCACUGAGAGCCCUCACUGCAGCUGAAGUGUCCUCCUCAUGGUCCAUGGAAAAGUGUUUGUAGCAAGAACUCAGAGGUCAAAGGUUAAAAUGAUUGCUGGUCCGAGUGGAUUGUUUUGAUCUUGGACCUGUGAAACUUCAACAUCCUGCAGAAACAGAGCCAUUAGUUAAUAUAAAAACGCCUGAAUCAUGUUUUUUAUUUUAAUGUAAAGACUCACUUUGACUGUUUUCAUAUGCAGUUCAUGUCUUCACACUUGUUGGGUCAGCUGGUCUGUCCACAUAAAUAUUGUUUGGCUAUUUCAGACUCUCUCACGGCGUACACCAGCAGGACACUGUGCUCCGUCCUGCUGUUCAGAGAGGUUGAUGACCGCUCCUCGGUGUCCUCACAUCAUGGUUUUAUUUUUAUCAUGAGUGUAAAAUGUAAUGGACGUACCUGUGUGCAUGUGGACAAAGGGUUCUGAGUUGGACUCCCUGCCCCGGCUUGACUGUCUCCUCCUGGAGGCGACUGAAGACACAGCGACUAUAGAACAAUCGUUGAUGUCUGGAAUGACCUGUUCACCUGACCCAGGUGUUUCCAGUGUUAGAAACAAUCCCAGUCCUCAGGGACAUUUGUCUCACUCAUCAGGACAAAGAAUCACAUUUCUUCACAACAGCUUGAGGUCCCUUUUUAAUGACCAGACACCAAACCUUAGCAGGGACUGAGGCUGUCAUGUAUUAUUACUUCCACUGAUAAAUGACCCGGUUCAGCUGGACUGACAUGGGAAGAAUGACAUUCUGUAUUUCAUGUCAGUCUCUUUUUCUGCUGUCGAGUUUAGUUGCUCAAGUCUGUGGUUGUUAAAGUGCAGGGUGGGGGUCCUCAAGGGGGUUCCAGUCCUGGCAAUUAUUAUGCACUUAACCCUUAGUAAGUGCCAUUUUAGUUUUAAUGCAUGCAUGAAACUUUUAAUUUCUGUCUCAUAACAGGUGCUGAACUUACAUCAUGGGGUCAGACUUUUUAAGCUUUGGGCCUUUACCAGCAGUGAUGGAGACAAGUGAACUACGUGUAAUUACAAUAGAAGUUCAGCAACAUAUCAGGACCUUGCAGGCAGAUUAACAACACAAUACACUUCACAUUGAUAAAUUGUUUUGGAAACCUUUGCCUGCUUACGCUCACCAUCUCAGGUGUAGUUGAAAGAUUUCUUUUAUUUCAUGAUUGUUUUUUUUGUAGUUAAGCUCCCUUAAAACAGGUCUGCCCCCCUUUUCUUUCACCCUGAUGCUUUGAAGGCCUGCACAGGUGUUGCAUUAGUCACCAGUAAUAAAUAUUGUUAUUCAUAACAAAUGUGGAGAAAAGUUGUUUCAUGCCAUCCUCAAAGUUUCCAGGAAUACGAUGCAACACUCCUGGGCUCUUUAGAAAGCUGGUCUGUGGGCUGAUGGACAUUUUGUUCUAAAGCAAAGCUGACAUUCCUCACACUUUCCAUAACCAGCUGGGUUUGUGCAUUGUGUUUCUGCAUUUUCAACUGAAAACUGGUGAGUGCCUUUGGAAAAUAAAGUGCUAUUUUUACAGAAAAAUA